AUGGAGCUGGUGGUAGCAGUAGCUAUUGGUGUUCUGUCUGUAGUGUUUGUAGCAGCAUUGGUCACCUUGAUAAUGAUACUGAAAUACAAGUGCAGAAAGGUGGACCACUUAACAGAGGAGCAUAACAAGGAAUCUCGGCAAGAUGCUCAACUGAUUGUAGAGACUCCAGAUGUGAUCGGCUCACAGUCCAGCAUGGAUGUUGAGCUUGGUGAUGUGCAGCUGAUAAAUCCAAGACUGGAGGAACUGCUCAAUAAUGAGCAGUGGGUAGAUGAUGCCACAGGACUAGUUCCCCAUUGUCUGUCAAUUCUGAAGACCUGUCAUCAGUUAACUGAGAAGCUGGUUGGUAUGACGAUGGGCAAUGCACCCAACAUACGUACUCAGGAGACUCUUACAGAAAUAGUGUCUGUUGCCAAGCGAAUUAACCCACGAGUGGAUGAAGUUGUGCGAUCAUUCAACCCUCCCUUAGAUCCAAGACUUCUGGAAGCUAGAUUCACUGCUCUAGUAUUGUCUGUGAGUCACCUGGUAAUGAUUACAAAGAAUGCAUGCCAAAUGUCUGGCACACUUGACUGGAUAGAUCAAAGUUUGGCUGAUGUGGAGGAUCAUUUGAGGGUGCUGCGGGAAGCAAGCAUGAAUUUAGAGAAUCAUCACCAAAUGAAUUCCGCCAUCAUCUCUGCCUUUCCUUCAAACCUGGAAAACCCUGGCCAGCCAUCACUAGUAUUGGCAGUUCCAGUCAGGAAUGAUAAUUCACAGCUUUAG